AUGACUUAUGAAAUCAUAAACAAGAUAAAUUCAUCCCUAGAUGAUUCUCCAUCAAAUGAUCGUUCUUUAUUAUUAGAACAAUUAAGAACCAAAUCAAGAGAUGAAACAUUUUUAAAAAAUUUCCCAUCAGAACAAUUAGAUCAAUUAAUUAUUGUUUAUUCUAAAAUGUCUACUCUCAAGGAUCAAUUAGUAAUAAUAUCAACUAUAUGUAAUGUUUUAUUAUUAAAUGACCAAUUUAGAAAUGAAGAAGCUUCAAAAAUUUUACAAAAAUCUGUUCCAAGAUUAGAAGAUAUAUUAGAUUAUGUUAGUGAACGUGAAAUUAAUUCUGAAAGUCAAUAUAAUGAUUUUUUACCAAUUUUUAGAUUAUAUUAUUUAUUAAGUUAUAAUAGCAGCUUAAUACCAUUAAUUAAAAGUGCUAUAUUGAAAAUUAGUGGGAAAUUAUUAAAUUUUAUUACUUUGAGUGGAGUGGAAACUAAAAGUUUAAAUAAAAUAAUUAUUGAAAUUUUAAAAAUUAUUUAUUCAUUUGUUCAUCAAGGUGAAGAUUCUUCAGGUAUUGAUAGUGUUUUUGUAUUAAGUUGUAAUAAAUUUAAUUUAUUAUAUAACAAAUCCAUUCAAACAAGUCAAGAUUAUGAUGAAAUUUUACAACAUUUUGGUAAUAUAUUAAUUACAAUAUCAAUAGAAGUUGCCAAGAAUUAUAUGUUGAAUAAGAAAACAUUUGCACAAAAUGAAAUUAAAUUUUUAAAUAAAAUUUCAUUUGGUGAUGUAUUUGGUUUAAAUACUCCAGUUUCAAAUUUAUUAACUUUAGAUGUAUUAAUAACGAUGGAUCAUGAUGAAAAUGAAGUUAAAAAUAUAGUUAAAAAUGAAUUAAAUUUAGAUCAUUUAGAAACUUUAGGUUCAAAAGAUUUAAAUUUAAGUACUAUAUUAAUUGAAUUGAAAAAAAAAUUAGAAAUUGAAUCAUCCUUUGAUUUUACCAAGAUUCAAGAAUCAAGUUUUAUAAAUAAUCCUGGUUUAUCAAACUCAUCAAAUUCUUCUUCAAAUAAUAAAAAUGAUAAUUUUGAUGAGUUAUCAAAUGAAGAACAAGAAGAAGAAUUAAAUAAAAUUGCUGAUAUUUUUGAAAAAAUUGAAAAAAAUGGUAUAUUGAAAAUACAGACAACAUAA